UGACAUUCGACAGAAGACAAUAAAAAAUAAACAAUUUUGACAAGUAUGAAAUGAUAUCGGUUUUCAAAAGGAUUAUCAAAAUAAAAAAUCUCAACUUCUUACAAUGGAAAAAGAAACAGACAUAGAAUCAAAAUACCAAAGGCUUGCAACCGAGUAUUCGAAAAUUAGAUCUCAAGCCACAGUUCUAAAGAAGGCGGUUCUAGAUGAACAAGCUAAAACUACAGGUCUUCAAGAGUUAGUUAGAAACCAUGAACAAACCGUUAGAAAACGUGAUCAGGAAAUAGAAAGUCUUACUUUUAGAAAUGACCAAUUAACAAAAAGAAUUGUUGUGCUCCAACAAGAACUGCAGACAAACCAUAGCAGCAAAAAGGGUAAAACUAAAAUCCCAGAAUCUAUUCCUAAUGUGGAUAUUAGUGUGUUGAAUGAUGAGCUACAGAAGAAAAUUUUAGAAAAUGCCCAAUUAUUCAAUUUGAUUGCAGAAAAAGAAUCAGAAAUCACAGACUAUAAAGAAAAAAAUAAAAACCUAGAAGAUCUGAUUACUAAUUUUCAAAAAGAGUUGGCUAAGAAUGAGAAGUUCCGAAAUGAAGAACAACAAAGGCAUAAAAACAUUGAGCAGGAUCUACAAAAUAAAGUUAAAGAGCUGUCAUUACAUAAUGCAGUUAAGCAAAAUUGUUCAGAUUUUUCUGAAGAAAAUACUAAAUAUUGGCAAACUGAAGCAGAGAGAUGGAAAAUAGAAUGUGAAAUUCUUAAAUCUAAACCAAGUUCAAAUGAUAAAUUAACAACCUUUUAUGAAACUCAACUGAGUCAAAUAUUAGAAUCAAAUGCAUUGUUGAAAUCUGAAACUAAAACAGUAUGGGCAGAAAAUAUAUCACUAAAAGCUAGGUUAGAAAAUAUUACAUUAGAACACAGUAAGCUUAAGAAUAGUUUAGAAAGCAGCUAUGAAGAAUUAAUGACGACUAAUAACAAUUAUAAAGGUCAACUGGAUGCCAUGACUGAACAUCUUGCGGCUCAGAAUGAAAAAAUUACUAAACAAUGUGAUGAAAUACAAUUUUUGAAGCAUAAGUUAACCUCAAAAAAAUAAUCAGGAUUUUCUUCUUUCAAUAAGGGCUGUGAUCAGAAAAACAAAGAAAGUAGGACAUAUUAAAUUUGGGAUCAUCUUUAGCCCAGCGAUGAAAGUAAUGAUUCUUUGAUGUAGAAGUACUGUGAUAUCUUAAUCAGAAUAUUUUAGAAUUAGAAUCACAUCGGAUCUUUUUUUAACAUAAUUCAGUAUUAGACAGAGAUUAUAAAUACAGUUUAUUACAUUAAGUUUACAUCUGUAAGAUUAAAAUCAAACAAUAUGAUUUAAUAUUAAGAUUAAUCUAAAAUACAAUUAUAAGAAUUUCUAUCUAAGAUGGCCAACCACACAUUUUUAAUAAAAUUAAUAAUAUAAUUAUUGUACUCUUAUUUCUAUAAAUAAUUAUACUAAUCCAUUUUUUUAAAGAAAAUAUUUUCUAGAAUCCUAUUUUAUAUUUAUUCAAUCAGAAAAUAAGUUAUUACCAUUUUUAAAACACUCUUAUAGGGCUGCAGUGGUUUAAUAUAGAGAAUAUUUCAAGGUACAAUCGGUAUACAUAACUGUGAUCUGGUACAAAUUUAUCCCAUAAUCAGGGUAAGGCACUAUAAAUGAAACAUAUUUGAAUAUCUUCAAGGAUAAAUGCAGGAACAUGUCGAUCUUUAUUCCAAUGGGAACACACCUCUAUCAAAUUCUCAAAUGUUAUAUGUCAUGCACCUGCUCUCCAUCCAUUUAAAUAGGGAAAGUAGAUUUGAAAAGAGUUGGACAUUAUUUGUCAAUCGAAAAAGUAAUUUAAUGGGAAAUUUAGCAAUGUGACUGAUUGUGUUGCUUUGGAAUUUAGCGCCAUCUUGCGGGAUAAAAAACCUUAGUUAUUGUAAAGCGUGACUGAUGUGGCACUUCAUUUGAAAGCUAAUUUAAUUAGUAAUUUAAUGCAUAGCGCUUUUUUUUAAUAAUAAUCGCCAACAAUGGAAAAACUCUGUCAAUCACAAUGGACUAUGAUUUUUUAAUUCUAAUAAUAUUUUUUAUUGGACCAAAUACCCAAACGGCCAUCGACAGAAGUCGUUCAGCUUGUGAAACUACAAACUAAUAGAUUUAAGAUUUUGUUCAUAAAAAAAACUAACAUGUUAAGAUGUUUCUAAUUAUUUUGAUUUUAAUUUACUUCUGUAGCAUUUCUGAGUUUAUAGCAAUGGAAAUUUAUUGCGGCCUGUUAGUAAAGCAUUACUACCAAAUUUAUAAAAAAAUCAAGCAAAUGACAGAACCUAUUGUGCUGGUUCCAAGUUUUGAACAAAAUCAAUAAAAUACCCUAUAACUGAAAACAAAACGUUAACCUUUUAAGGACGGCUGACUGAUAUAUCAGAAAUGCUUAACUUGGGCCUACCGACGGCUGACGGUUAUAUCCGUCUCAUGAUUAAGUUUGUCUCUAGACUGUUACCUUACAUUUACUACACAUUCGAAAAAUUUACGUGGUACACAGAGUGCUGCCGGCUAAGUCAGUAAAAAAAAGACGCUAUGUGUACGGCUGACGAAAAAGUCAGUCACUGACGGAAAUUCACGACGGCCGUCUUAAAGGGUUAACUCAAUAUGAGAUAUAAACCAGUAUGUCGAUUUUACCUUGGAAUGUCCUGAAUACCUCGGGAUUUCAAAUAAGGCUUCAUUAUUGUUUUAUUUUUUUAAGAACAAAUUAGAAACAAGAUAUUUCAGUACUUACUAUAAUACACCUAUGAUUGAGAUUGUUUUUAAAUCGAUUUUUAUUUAUUAAUAAUAUAUAUUUUUGUAAAAAUAAAAGUUACUCUAAUUUUAUGUCUCAAUGCAUUGUGGUAUCGAGCAAUAUUACAAUUAAUUGUGCAUGCAUGCAAACGUAACAUUCCAUUGUAUAUUAUAUAUUUAUAUAUUACAGACUUAUAUACAUUUUAUUUAAUAAAUCAAGUUAAUUUGUAUGUUUAAGCACAUAAUACAAUAGUGUGAACCCCUUUGUGUUUAAUUUAUUUGUACAGCAGGCACAUUUGCAGAUGAUCUCAUUACUUUAGCUAUGCCCUUGAAGAUCCUCUAAUUGCUUCUGCAAACCUACAAUCACGUAGAAGAAUAGACCAAAAGAUAAAAUAUGAAGAUAAACGAAAGCAAAUCACAUUCAUCUUGGUAUUUAACUAGAGAGAACACAUAAG